UUAGGGGCAGGCGCCACCAGCCGGAUAUACCGACUGAGCGACAGUAUUGUCGUGAAGCUACCACACAAUCUUGAAGAUGCUAAGGAGGCGCAUGCCAAUGAGCAGCAGGCUUUCGAGACGCUCGAGAACUAUGGGCGGAGCCCAUACCUGAUCCCAUGCAUAUGUCGGGUCCCUUUCGCCACGUUCCUGAUGAGUGCCUCUAAUACUCUUCUCGGUAUAAUCCAAUCGACGAAAUGUGGACCAGAGGACACCUAUCGCUGGAUGGGGCAGCUAUGCGGUGGUGUUGCAUUUAUGGAGCGGUGCCGACUCUCGCAUUGCGACCUCCGUCCCGAAAAUCUCCUCACUGACAAAAAUGGGAACUUGAGGAUCAAUGACCUUGGCUCUAUGAUCUCAACGGGCAAGCGCCUUCCAGUCGGAACCGAGCCAUACGCACGACGCCUGAGCAAAGAAGAUGGGAAAGGCCAUGGAAGCUACGGUUGGGCCGGAGCUAGCACUGAGACUUUCGCCAUCGGCUCGAUCUUCUAUAGUCUCACGCGCGGCUUCUACCCGUAUGCAGAUCAAAAUCUCGAUCGUCAGUCCCUCGAGAAGAAGCUGCAGAACAAAGAGUUUCCUCAACUGAGCGAUUCGGAAAAUGAUAUUAUCAUAUGGAAAUGCUGGAAUGGGUUAUACCAGUCUGUCGCAGAGCUUGAGCAGGUAUUUAGGGACCUGGGCGAUGGCACGGAGUGGUACUGGUUUGAGGGUGAAACUGAGGAGUGGCUGAAGGAGCGCAGAGCCGAAUGCGAAAAAUGGAUCAGCGCUGGU